CUCCCGGCAUGCUCCUCCGAAGGCGCUUAUUAGACGCCAGUCUGGGAAUUCCCCUGGUUUCUGAAAUUGCCCUCUCUGAGGCAGCUGCCGCCGGAGGAGCGCGAUCGACUGGGGUCCUUUACCCGGCUCUCCUAUGGCCCUGCAGCCCUUGCGACCUCCCCUGUAGGGUGCCCUCUCCUUGCCAUGGCCUCCUUGUUCGGGCAAAACGCCCAAGGCGGGCUCAGGGAGCCCAAGCAGGAUGAAACCGGGGCUGGACUGGACGACUGGUGUGACAGCGGCCUGGGGUCCCUCAGCGAGACCCAGCUGGGCCAGAUCCAGGCAGACGGGGGCCUGGUUGCCCCUGGAGAUGCAGAGGUGGGGUUUGGGGGCUGUGCUGUGACCCCUGACCCCAGCAGCAGCCCCCUGCCCUCCCCUUCCACUGGCCCUCCGCAGAAGGCCUUUCUGGAGGAAGACGAGUUGGAGUGGCUGGACUCGGCCAUUGGGGACUCCCUGAAGGGGGACGAGGACGUGGGUGCCAUCGUGGAUGGUGUGGGGGCUGUGUGCCUCGAGAACAAGGUGGCGGUGGUGGCCCCUGAGGCUUGGCUGCACCAUGUCCUGGGGUUCGUGACCGAGGAUGGUGACACAGCUCUCCACUUGGCUGUAAUCCAUGAGCACGAGGCUUUUCUGGAUUCCAUCCUGCAGUAUACCCAAGGAAUGGAUUACCUGGAUAUUCAGAAUGACCUUGGACAGACGGCCCUCCACAUCGCGGUCAUCCUCGGUGCUUCUGAUUUUGUCUGCAAACUAGUGUCAGCGGGAGCUGGUCUGUCUGCGCAGGAAAAGGCUGGCCAUACAGCCCUGCAUUUGGCAUGCCGAGAAGGGCAGCGGGACUGCGCCCAGCAGCUCCUGGCGCCACCCACAGUACAAAGGCCCUGCGAAGGGAAUGGCUUUCGAGCCCAGCUGGACUGCACCAAUUACGAUGGUUACGCACCCCUGCACGUUGCCGUCUUACAAAAAGACUUGGACAUGGUCAGUCUCUUAAUCUCUGCAGGAGCUGAUCUCAACAAACCGGAGUUGAGCUGUGGCCGGAGCCCCCUUCACCUGGCAGUGGAGUCGCAGAACCCAGCGGUGGUAGAGUGCCUGCUGCGUGCCGGAGCUGAUCCAGAGGCCCGCAUGUAUGUUGGCUACACUCCUAUGUACAGCGCCAUGCACCGGCCUGACCAAAAAAUCCCCCAGCUCUUGCGGGAGUUUGGCUCGGAAGAGCCUGACUGGGACUCAGAGGAGAGCCUGGACAGCAACAGCGAGGAGGAGUAUGACGACAUUGUUAUCAACCGUGGGCAUUAGAAGACCAGGCGAGGAGCCCGCUUCAUCUCCCGGGCCACGUUGCGUCGCACAUGCCUCACCCGUGGCAGCCAGCCGUCAUGUCUGUAGCAACCGCAUCUUUUUCACUGUGAGCUAGUUCUGACUUAUUUAUAGGGGCUGGGGAGAAGAGCUGCCUUGUCUGGCAAAGAGCAGCUCCCCCGGCCCCCUCCCAAUGUUGUUGGUUUGUUUUUCUGUCCGUUUCCAAAGUUUUAAUGACUUCUGUUUAGUUUGCUGGCCGGGAUUUAAAAAACAUGUGCGUUGGGGGCACCUUAUAAUAAAAACCGCCCUUGCCUCUCUGAAAUGAGUGCCCUGUAGGCUUGAAUUCUUCCCUCAUCUCUGUUCCUACUUGCUUGAGAAACAGGAAGAAGCUAAGCCAGGUCUUCCCGUGGUGCCAUCACUGGCAAUCUUUGUGAACAUCAGAGUUUGGGGAUGGGGUGGGGUGGGGUUCUGUUUCCAGGCCCAAAGUGUGGAUGUUCUGUUUUACCUGGAUUCACGUCUAACUUUAAGCCCAUCUGUUUGGGUCUUUUGGCAGGAUUUUGGCCCAAGUUAGGACUCAUGCAUGCCAGGCUUAACCCCUCAGCAUAGCACUGGAUCUCACAUUGUGGAUGACUCAAGCUCAACUUAUAUGUACAUAAACACACUUCUCCACCAUCAGAUGUUCUGCCUGUAAUCAAGCUUCUGCCUCAUGAAUAUCUCUCUUCUCUUUCAUUUCUUGAUCGUUUGAGAUUUGCUAAACCCUCACCUUUAAGCCUGCUCACCUGCCUGUAAGGUUGGGAACGAGUGGGCCAAAGAGCAGGGGACUGGGGAUGGAGAGGGAGGUGGAAGUUUUUCUCCUCCCCCCCAGUUAAUAGAAAAGGAACUGGUUUCUGCAAGGACUCUGCCACUGGUAUAUGUGAAGUCGAAUGCCUCUGGUCAUGUGAAGAGCACAUUUCCUUUCUUCCUCUUGCUACUAAGUCACCAGCAGCUCACCUCCACUUCCAGGCCUGCAACCCUCUCCUCAUCCCCCACAGCUUCUCCUCCUAGAAGUGAACUGUGAUUGUGCCCUGAGCAAUCUUUGACAGCAGGAGUAGGAAAUCUUUUUUUUCUUUUUGACUGUAAAAGGCUGGGGGGGGGGGCUGGCCCAGUGGCGGCUCCAUGGAAUCCACUCUGGGUUUUAGUCCACAUUUUCAGGGAGCUGUCUAAGGUGCUGAGCUCCUUGAAAGUUUGGACUAAAACCUGGAGCAGAUUCCACUGCCAUGGAGCCACCAGCCACCACAGUCUGGCCCCUUGCCCACGCUUACCCCACACUUACUCCCCCCUCCUCCUCUUCCCUGCCCCCCAAUGAUUCUGAUGUAUCCAAGAUCAUGGUCCAGGCUGCUUAGCAACAAGGGAGCAACAGUCUUCUUUUCCUGCCACCCAGCCAAUAUCUGAUCAUUUGGACCAGGGGCAGCCAAUGCAGGGCCCUCUGGAUGCAGGUGGACAACAACUCCCAUCAGUCCCAACCAGCAUAGCGGUCAGGGUCAAUGGGAGUUGUUGUCCAACCAGCGGUGUCAAGUGCCCAUUGGGACUAGUAGGGCAGAAGGCAAGGAGACCGAUAGCAGCGGGAGGCAGAGCCAAUUACAAGGAGAGCCACCCCCUGAUUAGCUAGAAGUAAGCAGGCAGGCAGGUGGGGGCAGACUGAGGUUGGUGGGGCAGUGCCCUCUUUGCCCUAAUGGAGCAGCCUCCGCUGAGCCCCACACUAUCUGGGCACCCAAAGUUGAAAGCAGCUCUUCGAAGGCCAGGCCUUCAACACCUGUUGGAUGAAAUGCCUGCUUUGACUGACUACUCUCUCAAGUCAAAAGGGGAGACAAAGCAUCUCUGGCAACUCUUCCCCCCCCCCUUUGCAUUGUCUGUGGCUUAGUUUUGCAGGCUCAAACAGAGCUCUGUGGUGCCACUUCCUCUUUCCAGCAGGGCUCCACUUUGCCACAGUGUCUCUGCAUCCAGCAGGUUCAGCCCCAGCUCUCUCUGCCUCCUGAUGCAGACUUGCGUCACCGUCCGUGGAUACCAUGUGUUGCUCUCUCAGUCUGCUCUGCCAGUAGUGACUGGGGGUAGGGGAGCUGUGUGCAUUCUGCAAGUAGCAAAGUGGGGGGGAAGCUCAGUGGUAAGGUGCAAAAGAAAGUGACUGGCCUAAAAUGAGUAUUAUCCAUGUCAGUUUUGGAGGAGGAGGAUAGGCUUUGGAUUGUGUCAAGAGAUUGGAUUUUUAAUUGGGUAAGGACUGAAUGAUAGGGGGAUAGAGCGUGGAGUCUGGAGGUGGUGGAUUCAUAUGGCAGCUGGUGGGUGGAUUUUGCUUGAAUUUGAUAAGCUAUUUUUUGCAGUUGCAGGAUCCACUGGGUCUUAUGGAUUAGCAAUGCACCCUCUCAUUGGAGCUAUAUAAUGCCACGUGCCUCUUCUGCAAAAAGAGGAAAUUGCCACAUCUUAUGUGUUGAAUUCCUCCAUGCCUCAUCCAAAGGAAUCUAUUCUUCUUUCCUUCCUUGAGGCUGUUUUUGAAGCUAUGGAGUGGUUUUCCUGUGACCUGUUUUAAUCUGUGUCAGUGACUCAUUUCUGUCUGCCUGCCUCUUUCUCCCGGUGUCUAUUGUAUUAUGUAAGUCUCUGACCAGAUCAGAUUAAAAGUUAUGGAAUUCUG